GUCCUCCUCCUCCUUCCCGAAUUCUGCAAAGCGGCACUUGUCUCCUCAGGGAGCGGCCGACUGCGGGCGCUGAGUACAUGUUCCGGGUGGCUCAGCCCAACCCGAGCAGACCUCCGGCCGCCAGGAAGAGCUGGCAUUUUAGUAAGACUAUGGAGGAGCUGGUUCAUGAUCUAGUCUCUGCACUGGAAGAAAGUUCAGAGCAAGCAAGAGGUGGCUUUGCAGAUACGGGUGAUCAUUCUCGCAGCAUCUCAUGUCUUCUAAAACGCCAGGCUCGAAAGAGAAGAGGAAGGAAAAGACGUUCGUUUAAUUCACAUCAUCCCUGGGAGACUGGACAUUGUUUAAGUGAAGGUUCUGAUUCCAGCCUUGAAGAGCCAAACAAGGAUUAUAGAGAGAACUAUGCUGCUAAUAAGAAAGACCAUAGUGAUUCUGAUGACCAACUGCUGGUUGCAAAACGUAGACCAAAUUCAAAUCUAAAUAACUUAAGAGGCAAAAGACCUCUUUGGCAUGAACCUGAUCUAGCUGUUGACAAUUUAGGUAAUAGGACUCUGCGUAGACGUCGAAAGGUGAAACGAAUGGCAAUUGAUCUACCUUCUGAAGUAACAAACAAAAUUACGUUGCCCCAACAAGGCAACAUUAAGGACCAGGAAAUGGACAAUGACAACAGAUCUUACUCCCAUCAAGAACUAUCAAAGAGUAAAGUUAAAAAAAGAAAGCUAGCAGCAAAUAGGCAAGGCCCAGACAUUUUGGAUGAAGGCGUGGUCAUAGAGAAUGAGGAAAUCAAUCCUGUGAACAAGGAUAAAAUGGAGUAUGAAGAGCAAAAGGGCUCAGAUGAAAACAUGAGCGACAGUGAAUCCAGCAGCCUCAGCAGUAGUGAUGCUGGUUUGUUUACCAAUGAUGAGGGAAGACAAGGUGAUGAUGAGCAAAGUGACUGGUUUCAUGAAAGUGAACCUGGAGGUGCCUGUGGGAUUACUGGAAUUAUUCCUUGGUGGGAAAAGGAAGAUUCAGCAGGACUGGAGAAAGAGAUGCCUGACCCCAUCUUUGAAAGUAUUUUAACAGGCAGCUUCCCACUUAUGUCACAUUCAGGCAAGAGAGAUUUCCAGACAAGGCUUAGUCAUCUUCAUGGAAUGCCAGCCAGGAACAUCAAAAAGGUAACAGGGAACACAACUGCAAUGAUGAGUUUGCAAAGCCUGUGCAGGAACAGUUUCUCAGUGCCUCUGAAAAGAAGAAAGGACCGGGAGGAAGGGAAAAGGACAUACUUUCUGAUGAGGUUUCAUCUGAAUAAGGGGCUAAAUCAUAAAUUGCAUAGCAAUGCACCUAGAGGAUUGAUCAUGCACUUCUGUUCAGCUUGAUGAAAUCAUAUUAUGUAAUAGAUUACAUAUUAUGUAAUAAAUGGAUAAAGCAUCAAUAGUAAUAGGAGUGCAGUGUGAAUAAAUCCUACAGUAUUUGUGCAUCCUAAGAACUCACCUAAGUGGGUCAGGAAAGAAAUGAAAAGGUACAAGGUUAUUUUUUGUUUCACUUUGUUUUGUUGAUCAAAAGUGUAGGUGAAGGUAUUACUCAAAAAAUGAGCAGACAUUUUUCACAGAUUCUGGAGAAGCUGAAAUCCAUAUACUUCAUUACUGGCAAUUCUGCCUUUAUUAUAUAUUUAUGUUGAAAGUUCCAAAUUGCUUCUUCUGUUAGAAUGAAAUGGUUGAUAUGUACCCUUUGAAAGUAUAAAUAUUUUCAAAAGACAUCUAUAUAAAAUCAAAAUAUAAUUAAAAUCAUAAUAUAAUUAUUAUAAUAAUAUAAUAUUAAUAUAAAAGAAUUAUGCUGCAAUUUUUAAAAAAUGAAAGAAAUUAACUGAAGUGUGGAGACAGAUACAUCUAUACCAAUAUGCUUGCUGUAAUAUUUAUUAGUGAAUACUUCUGGUGGUGAUCAGUGUAGUCCAUCUGUUAUAUAGCAUUAGAAUAUUACUACUCAUGAUUUUAUUAAUUGCAGAACAAUAUUUCCAAGAAUGUUCUUGAAUGUGGUAUAGCUUGCAAUUGAUUUAAAUUCUGUGAAAUAUGUGGACAAACAAUCUCAGAUUAAGAUACUGCUUCAUAAACUCAUUGAAUUGUUCUACUGUAUGCAUCUGUUUCUCAGCUUCUGCUACCUAUAGUGUGGAGAUAGAAUUUCUGAAAAUUUUGUCAUAUUAUUGUAAGGAUUAUUACAAUAAUAUGAGAAAGAGAAAGAGGACAAGGAACAUUCAAGAAGCAUAUUAUGUUGGUGUUUUCCAAUAAGAUACGCAUUGAAAAAAGAUUGCCACCUAUAUCAUACUGUGAAUCACUGUUUUUCCUAAUAGAAAAUCACAUGUUAGAAAAUAUUGUAAUCCAUAAAAUGAACACAUGUAUAAGCUUGUGUCUUUAUUGGAAGAAAAGGUGAAAAGUUUUGAGAAUACUUUUUUUUGACAAUGAAAGGUACAAAGGAAACUCGGCAGUUCCUGGCAAUGACAAAUUAAACUCAGGAGAGGCAGAGAAGGGAAAUAAACACUCAAGAACAUCAAGGGAAAGUUUGUGACUCAAAGAAGCAUGUGGAUCAGGAGAUAUGGAUCAGUCUCUCAUUCCUGAAGAUAGUCCACAGCGGCCUGAAUAAACUAGUCAGUCUCAAAAAACAGGCUUCCAUGGCUGAAAGAAGCCGAAUAAUCACAUUGGAGAAAUGUAUCGUGGUCCUUAAUGCCCUGCUGAGAGAAACUGAAGUUGCAUUACAGGUAGCCCUUGUAUUACAACCAUUUGUUUAGCAACCAUUCAAAGUUACAAGAGCACUGAAAAAAGUAACUUAUGACCUUGCAUUUAAAGCUGUCAUAGUAUCCCCACAGUCACAUGAUAAAAAUUUGGUCGUUUGGCAACUGGCAUGUAUUUAUUGAAGUGUCCCAGUGUCAUAUGAACCCCAUUUGCGACCUUCUCAGCCAGUUUGUGACAUGCAGAAUCAGUGAGGGAAGUGGAUUUGGUUAACAUCUGUAUGAUUCACCCAAUAAUAUGGCAAAAGUCAUAAAAUUGGGCAUGACUUACUUAGCAGUCACCUUGCUUAUCAAGAGAAAUUCUGGAUUGAGUUGGGGCCAUAAAUCGAGAACUAUCUAUUGCAGGUAGUUCUCGUUUAUUUGUUAGUUAAUAUAUUGUAGAAGGUAUGCAGGACGUAUGUUGUUAUCCCAAUGUUCAUAGGCACUGCAGGAUGUUGGCGGCAGGCGGUCUCUAAUCCAUUGAUAAUUUAACAAUUAUUUUGGCGAUGAACAAUACUGCCAGAAGGACCUUGAUAGAAAUCCAGAAAAUAUGACUCCUGUGCAAGAGAAUGAAUAGACAAGGAGUAUAAUUAAUAUUUUCCUAGUUUUUCCAGUUGUGGGUCAUGUUGAAAAAAGAGAAAGUUGUUUCACACACAAAAGCUAGUUUACAUGCACAUUUAGCUCUUUUUUAUUCAUCAUGUGUCUUUCUAUUGUAAUCUCAUUGUACCUGCUACGGAUUAUAUAUACAUAAACAUUUGUCUAUUUGUGUUUGUGUAGUUAUUAGUCUGCUUUGUUAAAAAAUAGAUAUAGAUAUAUUUGACUUUCAGUUCUUAAGUGUAGGAAUAUAAUUUAAAACUAUACUUUUUAUUAAUGUCUGUCUUUAAAAAGAAUUUUAUUUGAGCUAUUAUUGGUUAUGCUAAAACUACAAUUUUAAGAAACCAGAAACUUCUUUUGGGUUUGAUGGAUUUCUACUCUUUAAAGAGAAACAAAACACUAAAUAUUUCUAAUCCUGCAUUAUUUACCGCAUGAAUGGGUAAAAUACUACUUUAAGACUCAUAAAAUUUAGAGGAAGAAAUCUGCCAACUGUAGCAGGAAUUAGAUUUAGGAAGAGAGGUACAGAGUCAAAAUAUUGCUACAGAAUUAAAUGUCAAAAAUCUUCUUUAAUAGUAGAUAUAUAGUUCACAGUGUCUGGUUAUGAUUAAUACAUUUAAUCUAAAUCACUGAAAGUUGCUCUCUCCUUUUCCAUAAAAUACAAUGAGACACAAAUCAGUUUUACUAUAGGUGGAUAACAAUUGGAAAAUAAUGCAUCUUACCACCCAAUAAAUUGUCAGUUAUACCUUUUAACUAAAUCAAUUCAUCUUUUCAAAAUUUAUUGCAAUUUCUAAUAAUAAAUCUUCUCAAAUGUUUAUUCAUUUGCUGCCUGAUACAUUUGCACCACUUUUGCUAUAGUCUAUUGUUGUUGGGUUUUUUCCCUUUUGAUUCAUUGUAAAUUAUAAAUCUAUUCUGAAUCCAUUUGCUACUUAAAAGUUAAAAUCUAUAACCCAACCACUUCUCUUUUUUGUCCUUUACAUAUUUUAAUACCCUUGAACUUUGAUUCAGCCCAAUAAGAUGAUCAGAAGACUUUUUAUGGUCUUUGAAAGCGUUAGAUAGUAAAGCAACCAGUAUGAAGAUGAUUAUUAGAGAUUUUAUUUGCACACAUCAGUUAACCAGAUAAAUUAAACCAAAUAUAAGAUAGUUGAAUAUGAAUAAGAAUAAAUGUUGUGCUGUACAGCUAGUCCUUCAGUGUUACGAUGUUGCUGAAUGAACAGAUUUACUCAUGCCUGACAUUAUGACUGUUACAGUACUCCUAUGGUCACAAGGUCAAAAUUCAAGCCUGUCCACAUUUAUGUCCACUUAGGCAUCUCAAGUCCCCCCAUUUCUGCCCUUUUGGGUGUCUUGCAGUCCAUCACAUAUCUCUCUGCUGCUACCUCCCACUGCCCACAGUUGACAUUAUCCAUCUUCCUCCUCUUCUGGCCUGAGAUCCAGGUGCUGGGUGGAGGAUGCACCCCUGGGUGUAAUUGGGGAGGGCAAGGAGAUCGUAACUGAGACAACUGGAACUGCCAUUGCUAAACUGCACAGUCACAUGAUAUUUUGUCUAAUAUUUGCAAUGCUAAGCAAUGCAAAUUCCAGUCCAAAUUGUGGUUAUGAGCUAAGGUCUACCUAUAUUUUUUAUUCCUGAAAUAAAAUAGCAAACAUUUUUAUAAUGUGAUAUAAUACAACACAGAUGCAUAUUGCCUAUUUUUAGAUAUCAUUCUCAUUUCCACCUUUUGCUUUUUAAAAAACACCCUAAACUAUCUGAAAAGGAAUAAUAUAAAAUUGUGAUUUCUAUAAAAGUACUGAACUUUCCAACUACCAAACUAUUAAUUGCUCAAAUACUUUUUUUCAAAAAUUUGCCACUAUGUAAAAGAAUCUCUUCCCCUCAAAAAAGUCGCAAAACCUCUUGGCUUUGCUCACAAACACAUUUGUCCUCAUGUCCGGAUUAUUGGAUCUGGAUCCUCAUCUGGAUUAUUGUAAGGCAUGCUACUAGGGAUUGCCCUUGAAAAGUAUUCAGAACUUUCAGCUAUUGCAAAAUGAGGUUGCAUGGGUAGUAAAUGGUAUUGAAUAUUUGACUCGUAUAGCAAAACUACUUCAUGAGCUGCAUUGGUUACAUUUGGAUCCCAUUAGCCAAGAAUUGUUGACUAGUGAGGGACUACAGUUCUCAGCCAUAGACCUUGUCCUUCUGGAAUAUUCUCUCUUCAGAAACCCUUCAGACACUGGAUACAGCGGUCUUUUGUAAGGCUGUGAAGACCUGUUUUCAUGCCCAGGUGUGUUAAGGGCACCAUUUUUGGCUAUAUUAAAAUCUAGUUUUACUCAGCAUACAUAUAUAUUUAUUCUGUAUUGUUUUGUUUUAUAUUUGUUUUAUAUAAGUGAUUUCAGAAUCACUUAUUGAGAUGGACAACUAUAGAAAUAAAAUAAAUAAAUUAUUUAUACCAAAAAAACUACUUAGCUUUAAUAAGCAGCAUUUCAUUUCUAUCGUAAUCUUCGAUCAUUCUGAGAACCUUGGAGAUUCAGAAAUCCUAUUAGGUUUCCUUGUAAGAAAAUGAACUUUAUACUUCAAAAAUAGUUAUACUUCUGCCUUAUGUUAAAAAAAGAAACAAUAAAAUUUUCUUUCUUGGGAUUAAAAAUAUACACCCACAAGCGUUAUUACAAAAAAAAAAUAUUCUCUUAUACUAAACUCAACUCUUUCUGCCCCUCAGAGUAGCUUGUGUGAAAUGGGUGGCUAUGUAAAUUGAAUGAAUAAAUAAAUCCUCCAAAUGGAUUAUAUGGACAAAUAGUCCAUGCAGGAAUUUCUGGCAAUAGUAUGGAAAUAGUUUGCAAUUGUCUUCUGGACCAAAAAGUUGUAGAUCAAAUCUUGCUAUUCAUUUGACACAAUGCAGCAUUAAAAAUAUGAUUCUCCAGCACCAAUUAUAAUUUGAAGUAGAAAAGUACUUUGCAUUAUGUAAGGACUUAUGGGAACUCAUUUUAUUGCACAUAUUGAUUCAGCCACAUUUAAAAAUCACUCGAUACAUCUUUCAGAUUUGUAUUUGGCUUUGUAUUUAAUUACUACAUAAUUGUAAUUACAUGUAAUUAUAAUAAAUGUAAUUCCUCAUCUUAUUUUGUUUGUACCAUAACAUCAACAUGUUGAUAAACUAGUGAGCUAUUACAAAACACUGCAAAGACAACAAAGGAAAAAUGACAUUAUAAAUAAAGUAGAUAAAAUUGAAGCUUGGUAUACUAUAUCAGUAAAUCUGAUAAGAGCUGAUAACAUAUUGGGCGAUGAAAUGAUUAAUUUGAGAGAUAAAGAAAUCAUUUGCAUGGAAGCAUUAGAAUUCAUUAAUUUCACUAAUUACAUAGUGAAGAAAGCAUCUGUUUUCUUCACUAAAGAGCAGACAUUAAUUAUGGGUCUUACCUGUUCAUCUAAAAAUAGUGACAAUAUGUUCAGUUUUUUUCUCUAAAUUGUUGAUUUUCAUAGAAAGUCUUGCCAUUAUGGAAUUGUCAAGACCUCAUUAAUAAGACAAUUUUCAAAUAAAAUUAUGUUAACGAAAGCAUCAAGCUAUUGAUAGUUUUUCAAGAGAUGUUUUCGAUUACAACACUCCAAUUUUAAUUAACAAAAAUCUGUUAAUUAAAAAAUAGUUUUUCUAAUUAUUUUAGAAUGUGUAUAACAUGAUUUAUAUACACAUCCAGGAAUUUGAGAAAAAGAAAUGCUUUGAGGGAUAUAUGUUAGGAUUAAAUGCCCAUGACAGAUAAUGAGGGCAAAAGAAUUUUUUUUAAGUAUGGUCCAUAUGCUACAUUUACGUAUCAACUUCUUCCAGAGUAUAAAAUGACACCCUGCUUAUUUGCAGAUCCAGAAUGUUCAUUGGGAAAAAUCCCCCACAAGUGAAUUGUCUGUUAAGCUUGCCAGCUCAUAUGAUAUAUGAACUGAAUGUGCAUAAUUAAGGUACGUUUAUUCAGAUUUUGUGUCCCAACAAGUUGGAAUCGUGGUUAAUUUACCAGCCAGGUAAAACACUUACGUAAUAGAAAUUUCCCAAAAUUAGUAAAAGCCCAGAAAUUUAGACAAAAUUGGGUAGACCUUUCAGAAGUAAGCCUUUUUUUGUAUGAAAUAUACAGAUCAUCUUGUAUAUUUUCUUUAUAUACUUUCAUGUCAUGCUGGUAUUUUCUGUCUAGAAGAAAUUAUGAAAACAAAAAUCAUUCAAAUAUCCAGUACAAAAACAUAAUUACAACACUUCAUUUUCUUAUAAAUGGAUUUAAGUCUGGGACUUUCAUUUGUAAAUUGGUGUUGCUAGAUCAGCUUACUUUAAAUAUAACUCACUUGCUGAUUUUAGCAUGUAUUCUCUUUAGUUUCCCAUCUUCAAUGUGAGGGCAAUUAUGAGCCGCAGUGGCGCAGUGGUUAAAGUGCAGCACUGCAAGCUACUUCUGCUAACUGCCAGCUGCCUGCAAUUUGGCAGUUGAAAUUUCAUCAGGCUCAAGGUUGACUCAGCCUUCCAUCCGAGGACCCAAAUUGUUGGGGGCAAUAUGCUGACUGUAAACUGUUUAAAAAGGGCUGUAAAGCACUGUGAAAUGGUAUAUAAGUGCUAUUGCUAUUGUUAAUUAUAGAAUGUUAAUUUGUACAGUGUAUUUUCAUAUUAUUUAUUGUGUCAUUCAAAAUGGACAAUGUCUGAAAUUGGUGUUAAGGCAGAGAUAGUCUUUUAACCUUGGUUAUUUUAAUUGUGGUGUUACAUGUUUCAUGUUAUUUGAACCUUGGUAUUGAAUUAACCAAAAGAUAUACUCAGCUUCCAUAUGUUGCUGAACAUAGAGUCAGGUUUAAGGAAUAAUUGCAGGAUGGAACCAUUCCUGAAAUGUUAAUUCCAUUGCAGGUUUUGUUUUGUUUUCCAGCUAAUUUCAGAGGUAUGGGAGAUUUAUAGUUAGAUACUGUGAGACUGAAAAGAAUCAGUCCUUUCAUCUAUGUACAUAGACAUUAGUCCCUUCUGCCAUAUACAUAUACAUUAGUCCCUUCUGCCAUAUACAUAGGCAUAUUUAUGCUUGGGGCAUUAAAAAUUAUGCAUGGCAUGGAUAAAUGAACUAGGAUAAGUAUUUUCCCCAUUCCAAAAUUUGAGAACCAGAUGUCACCCAAUGAAAUUAAAUCCUGGUGCAAUCAAGAAAAACAAAAAUAUUUUUUUCCACAAUAGGCAAUUUACAUUUGGAAUUCACUACCAUAAGAAGUGAUGCUGGCUACCAGCAUGUCUGCUUCAAAAAUAUAUUGAACAAUACACAGACAUAAUAGGGAUUGGAGGCCAUUAAUCUUGAUGGCUGUGUGACUUCCUCCAAAAACCAUCUUGCUAGGAAACUAGUGGAACUCCUUGUGCAGUUGGUUGGCCAAUGUGAGGACAGACUGCUGGACUAGAUGGGCCAGGGAUCCAAUCCAGCAGGAGAUUGCUUAUAUUCUUAUGCUCUUAUUGAUCCUCACUGGUUAACAAUACAUAUAACUUUUUUGCUUAUGAAUUGAAAAUCUAGAAGUGACAUCUACUCAACCACUAUAAGUGACAGAUGUUAGUCAAGGAGGCGGACUUGCAAAUCACUGGAUGCAUAGUUUUGCUGUGUAUAUUCCCUUUGCAAUAGACUCAGGCAGGAAACAGAUACUAUAAGGACCAUUGGAACUCUAUUGUAGGUAAUAAUAACAGGGUCUUGAAAGCUUUCCAGAAUUCCUUUCUGUCUUCUCUUAUUCUGUGUAGAAUCAAGCCAGGAUUAUUUUAGAGUCUCUUCCUUAUUCUUACCAUUUUCCCCAGAGCUGAGGUAUCAUUUAUAACAUAACAUAACAUAACAUCAGAGUUGGAAGGGACCUUGGAGGCCUUCUAGUCCAACCCCCUGCCCAGGCAGGAAACCCUACACCAUCUCAGUCAGAUGGUUAUCCAACAUUUUCUUUAAAAUUUCCAGUGUUGGAGCAUUCACAACUUCUGAAGGCAAGUCGUUCCACUUAUUAAUUGUUCUAACUGUCAGGAAAUUUCUCCUUAGUUCUAAGUUGCUUCUUUCUUUGAUCAGUUUCCACCCAUUGCUUCUUGUUCUACCCUCAGGUGCUUUGGAGAACAGCCCAACUCCCUCUUCUUUGUGGCAGCCCCUGAGAUAUUGGAACACAGCUAUCAUGUCUCCCCUAGUCCUUCUUUUUGUUAAA